AUGCGUUUACACCUUACAACAGCAUUGCUCGGUAGCCUGAGCCUUGGUGCUCUUGCGCAGACGCAAAUAGCCCAGACCUGUACAGACGACAUCUGUUACAAGCUGAACAUUCCAACAGUGACGGCCCAAAGUGGUGAUGGUAACAUCUUCCUGUCGCUCAGCGGGCCAACAACAUAUAGCUGGAUUGCUCUGGGUAUCGGAUCAAGCAUGACAAACUCAGACAUGUUCAUCAUGUACACUGAUGGCAAUGGGAAUGUCACGUUGUCCCCACGCCAUUCAGAAAGACAAGAACAACCUCAAUAUGACGGAGACCUUGAUGUUGAGCUGCUCAGCGGAUCUGGUGUCGAGAAUGGUACCAUGACUGCAAACUUUCGGUGUGGCAACUGUGCGCGAAGUGGAAGCGUAAACUUUGGCGCACAGAGCGGCCAGUGGAUUCAUGCACGACGAGCAGGAAACCCAAUGGACACUACUGAUGUUCAGGCUCAAAUUGUGCCGCACGACGAUUACGGUGCCUUCACUUGGGCAUUCUCCAAUGCAGUUGGUGGUGUGAGCACAAACCCUUUUGCAGCUUCGGACACAGUUGUUUCCGUUUCAACGCCUGGAAGUAGCUCUCGUGCUACACGCAGAAACAUCAUCCUCACCCAUGGUAUCCUCGCCUCGCUCGCCUUUCUUGUCUUUUUCCCUGUCGGAGCGAUCAUUAUGCGCCUGGGCAGAUUUGACAACGUCCUCAAGGUCCACAUUGCUAUCCAGAUUUUCUCCUGGCUCAUUUACAUCACCGCUUUCGCUCUUGGUCUCUACUACGGUGUCACUGGCGACUACAUGACUGAAGCACAUCCCAUCAUCGGCAUUGUGUUGGUCGCAUUGAUGGUCUUCCAGCCACUGGGCGGUUGGCUUCAUCACCGACAGUUCUUGCGUACAGGACAGCGUAGUGUUGUCUCUCACGGUCACAUUUGGACAGGACGCAUUGCGAUCGUUCUAGGCAUGAUUAAUGGCGGACUUGGGUUGGAGCUGGGGGGAGUUGAGACACGAUACGUCGUUGCAUAUAGUGUAGUCGCCGGAGUUAUGGGAGUUGCUUACCUUGCUUCGAUCGUGUACGGGGAAAUGGAAAGGGGACGUCGACCAAGUAUUGCUGGUAGUGGACAGGAGAAGAUCAACGGGUCUCCCGAACACUCUUCUGGCGGUGCGUAA